AUGGAAGCUCAAUCACCGCUCACGCAGCAAGCUCGGCCGGAUUUCUUUGAGCCCAAAGUUGUCGGGCUGUAUAGGCGGCUGUUUCGAGAAAUUGAGGACGACGAGAAGGACGAUGGCUUCUGGAGUACAUUCUUCCUUCUCAAGCCAGACACCGUAGCCCUUCGCGAGAUCCUCGACAAUACCGACGCCGAAUUCCUCAUUCAUUUGCAGCACCAACCCCAACAACUUCUCCUUCAUGGCUUGGCGAAGAUCAAGGACGGCGAGGCACCAACGGACGAAAAUGCUUUGGAUACUUUGACAGCCUUCUUCGCUGUCAUAUUGGCCAAGAAGUUCACCAACCCAAGCUCAGACGUUAUCGAAGUGCUGGCCGGUUUAGACAAUGUCGACACAGUCUUCUCUGAUCUGGUCGGGACGCUGGAUCAAGCCAUCAAAGAUGGUAGGAGCGAUGAAGUCCGUCAGAAAGCGGUCCGAACUGCGAUCGCAGUCGUUGCUGGUGGCUAUCAGACUGCGUUGGUUUCGUACUUUGUACACCGCGACUUCUUUCCAGCGCUCAUGAAGCUCGUUCAUCAAAUGGACAACCCACUCAAAGCAUCCGAGCCACUGCUGUUGACAGGGUUACUCGCAAACUACAACAAGUUUGAAGUGCACAAUCAAUACCGGGUACGCUUCGCAGACUUCGUCAACGAGGAGACCAUGUCGAAAGUCGUUCAUAGCGUGGCCUGGACGACAGCUGUUCUUCGUGAGCGCUACAUAGCGAUACAAGACGAUACACCGGUAGGCUGGACCAUUGGAGGCACAUUAUCCUACGUUGGCCUUGGAGCACUAGCUGGUGUGAAGCCCGCUGCGCCAGCACUGACGGAAGAUCAACAAAAGGAGCUCUUCGCACAGCAACCUGGUCGCGAGAGUGCCUCCUUACUUACCCUCUACGACUUCGCUCUCGCAAACAAGCUCUUCUGCCACAACCUCAUCAGCUUACCAUCGAACGAGAAAGACCAGCCGCCGCCCUUCAGCACAUUCCUCUCGUUCACAUCAUAUCUGUACCAGCACGCCUACCGAAGCGUGCGGGCCUCGCUUUACGCCUAUCUCACACUUCUAAUCAUCCUCGUCUUAGUGGAAGAUUCCAACACCGCGAAGUUAUUAUCCGAGACAUCUGCUCCAGUCAGACUCUGUCGGCAGCGACCUCCGCUUCUUCCCCUCCCACGACAUGAGCGACCAUACGUUGCUACGAUCAUCGACCUGAUUAUUGAUGGUAUCAACCACAACUUGCGUAAGAGGCUCGAUACUCAUUUCUACAACCAAAGUGUUGCAGUCUUGUCAAGAGCCCUGGCAUAUCUGGCCAAAUCGCGCACCAAGCUCACCUACCACUGGGCAGAAGUCUGGCGAUCCUUACUGUCUUUUGUCCGGUUUCUCACCACCUAUGCGGACGACCUCAAGACUCUUUCUGGCACCAAUCAGCUGGUCGAAAGCCUGGUAGAUCUCCUCACGGUCGCACUCACAAAUGGCGAGGCUUUCCUCCCUGAUGCAGCGGCGUACGAUGAUCUGUUCUACAAGCUCGUCGAAUCAGGCGAAGCCCUCAUCAAGUUUCGGGAUGUGUACAACCUUAGCAAACCGGAUGCCAACACGCCGAUUAACACUCUCAUUGGAGUGUCCAAGCACUACCAAGAGCUGAUCGAAACGCAAAAGAGCAAAAGCACCCACCUGACGCCGAGAGAGGUCAACAAAAUCAUCAAGCAGGGCUACGACACUUUAUCGAUCGAGACUAAGGAGGGGUUGGAUCAUGUCGAAAAGUUCAGAGAGGCCGAUUACAAGGUGGAGCUGAAGAAGAUUGCACGAGUGGCUGUGACUGAUGCAGCUCAACUGGUCUCAUCCUAG